GCGUGUUGCUUUCUCUGGCAACACAUAUUCCCUUCAAUCUUCCAAGUCAAACAACAAAACAGAAUAAACAAAGUACCGAAUCCAAAAAUGGGAGAUGAGAGACAAAGCAAAAGAGCCUCACGGCAUAUAUUCCCUCAUUCACACUUGACUUUUCUUACCAUAAACUACAUACAUGUCUCAAACUACUAUAAACACACACACACACACAUCAUCCUUCAAAACAACAAAUGUCUUCUCACAGCAAGGAAAUGAGGCUGGUUCUAUCAGGUGAUGCGAAACCGAGACUGAGAUGGACUUGGGAGCUGCACCACCAGUUCUUAGCUGCUAUCGAGCAGCUCGGUGGCGUUGAGAAAGCCACACCUAAAGCAUUGAUGAGGGUCAUGGGCAUCGAUGGCCUUACUUUGUACCAUCUCAAGAGCCAUUUGCAGAAAUAUAGGAUGGGAAGGAGCCACCAAAAUAAGCAAGAAAAUAAAUAUGGUGAAAAAACGAGUCGUCACUCCACCAACAAGACCACCUUCGACAGAGCUGCUAAAGAAAAUUUGGAGAUGACAAGGGCUCUGCAAGUGCAAAUGGAGGUGCAGAGGAAACUGCAUGAACAAAUUGAGGUUCAGAAGCAUCUGCAGCAAAGAGUGGAAGCUCAAGGCAAAUUCUUGCAAAGAGUGUUGAGAAAAGCUCAAGAAACAAUAUCUGAAUACGGUUCUUGCUCCGCUGAAGCAGAGAAUGCCAGAGCUCAGCUUGCUGAUCUGGUAUCAAUGGUGGACUCUUCCGAAAACGAUGCAAGAAACCAACAUGAUGAAGCCGUGGAUCAGAGCUUUCUCAGUCUGUCUCUGCAUCCAGCAAGAGAGAGUGUGGAUGAGGACACCAUUGAUUUGAACAGCUGAUUUAAGCAUAAGUAUUUUGUUAGACUAGUGUGGGAGCCAUUAAUUUCUAAUGUAUAAAAUCUUCCGUUUAGACUUUAGACUAAACCACUAAUUAGUUGCGUGCAUGUGAUUUUCUUUCUUA